AUGACUUCACACGAAACACGCACACAUAACACAAGGACUAAAUCUAGUGAACAAAAUGAUCUCAAGAAACUCAAGUCUAAAUAUUCUGCAAAACUACCUACUCUCAAAGUUCUAUUCUCUGACUGGUCAGACGACGACCUUUUAUUUGUUUUGGAAGAAGCUAAUGGUGACCUGGAUUUAACCAUAGACAGAAUUAGUGAAGGACACGCUAAUCAAUGGGGAGAAGUAAAGACUAAAAAGUCAAAGAAAGAAGCACAAAAAGCAAAGGUGGCUAACCCAUCCGUUUCUUCACAUCAACAACAAUCCACUACUACGAACACAUACGCUCAACGUGAUACUAAAAUUACACCACAAAGAUCAUAUAAUGAACGAGUUACCUCUCGACCCGGCAAAGCAGCACCAGUAAAUUCUUCAGCUAGCCGUCGUACACAAAAGAGCUCUUCUUCUUCUUGGGGAGACAACAAUAAUAACAGACACGGAGACACUACUUCUGCCACUGCCGCCGCUGCUGCUGCUGCUGCUGCUGGGUCUUGGGCAUCUAUUGCUUCCUCCUCAAAACAAGAAGAAUUACAUAACGAGGAGUCUUGGACAACUGUAAAUGAAUCUAGUCCAAAUGACGAUUGGUCUCCUGCUCCUACACAUAAUACAACAAAUGAUGACAACCAUGACGACCAACCCAAGACCUGGGCCAGUCUUCUCAAGUCAAAGCCUAAACCUGAAUCCGAACCUGUAACUAACACCACUGAAAAUAUAAAUACAUCCUCCUCAUCGACUGAAAAUACCACUACACCAACACUAAGCGAAUGGGAUGCACCCAAUACCACCGAAUGGUCCAACACAACAACCUCCGCUCCUACCACUACCACUACUUCUGCUCCCGCUCAUGACGACGUGGCAGAUGCAUGGUCUGCUCCCAUUACUACUACCACUACCACCACAGAAGCUCCUCCCGUUGAAUCCGAAUGGUCUACCGAAGAAGGAGAUGCUCAAGAAGAAAAAGAAGAAACCACACCCGUCACCACAAACCGUCUUAUUAAUCAAGAAGAAUCCGUCGUCUUACCCGCUACCACCAAUACCACCACCAUUUCCUCCUUGGAUGUUAAAUUUGGUUCUUUAAAUAUGGAUGAAGAACCCGCUGUUGAAGAAAUUGUCAAAGAAACCACUGUGGCUACUGCCAUUGAACCCGUUGCUCAAGCUACUCCUGCUACCCCCAAAACCGUUCCCGCUCCUAUGGCUGCAGCUGCACCUGUUACACCUGUCACUGCUCCCUCUCCCGCUCCCGUCGCUGCACCUGUUGCUGCACCUGUUACCACGACACCUUCCCCACCUGCCGUGGCUACACCUGUUGCCGCUUCCGUGGCAACACCUGUUACACCUGUCACAGCUGCUAUCCCCAGCUCAACCACUACCACCACCAGUGCUACACCCGUUACCGAAUCCUUCCAAUCUUCUUAUUUACCCAAUCAACCACCUACCGGUGUUUCUGGAUUUGGUAUGAAUCCCAUGGGUAAUUUACCUGAUUAUGGUAUCUACGGCACUGAAGCCCAACGCGCCGCUGCCAUGGGUUAUUAUGAUCCUACGGCAUUCAGUCAUUCACCUUCUGUGACCUCUGCCAGUGCUUAUGGAAGUCGAGACAAGUACAGUCAAGAAAGUCUUCAUGGACAAUCAGGACAAAGUCAAUUACCUCAAGGACAAGGUGGUGGUGCUACAGGUGGUGUGAGUACUGUUGGAGCAGGUACAUCACCUUAUAGCAGUGCAUCACCUUAUGGUCAACAAUCUCAAUUAUACAACCAUCCUUCCUAUGAUGAUUUAAAUCAACUUGGUAUGGGAUUAAAUGAUUAUCAAAAGAGUAUGUAUCAUGCUGCUGGAGGAGGAGGAGCUGUGUCUGCUGGCGGUGUCACUGCUGCUAACGGUAGCAAUGGACAAGGUGGAUUUUUAGGAUUGUCUCAACAAGGUAAUGGAGGUGUACCUGUGCAAGGUUCAGGUGGAAAUGGAGUACAGAAAUCCGAUAUGAGAAGCAAUGGACAAGGUGCAAGUGUAGCCGCUGGUCAAGGAGGAGGACAACAGCAACAAGGAGGAGGAGGACAGCAGGGAGCACCUCAAGUCCAAGCUCAAGUGCAAGCUCAUCAUCAACAACAGCAACAUAUCCAACAACCUGUACAAGGUACUGGGUAUGCAACCUCAGGUGGAGCGAAUUAUUUUGGUCAACCUCAAAUGUUUUCUUAUGGACAAUAUCCUAACGGACAACAAUUUCAACAACAAAUGGCGCCUCAAGGAACUCAACCUUCUCGUCAACAACAACAGUAUUGGAAUCAAUAA